CUGUAUAAAAUAGCAAUAACAAUAUUACAAUUCCGAAGUAUGAAGAAAUUACGUCCAAAUCCAAUGGCUCAAGCAAAUAUAUUCUCCAUGUUAUCAUAUUGGUGGUUGAAUGAUUUUUUUGCUGCUGGGUCCAAACGUCCGUUGCAAGAUUCCGACAUGUAUGAGCUUGAUGCUUCUAACACGUCGUCAGAAAUUACAAAAAAACUGGAAAGAAAUUGGAAUAAAGAAGUCGAGCGGUAUAAGCACACGAAAACAAGGAAACCAAGCCUAUUCAGAGCAGUAAGAAUGACAUAUCGAAGAGAAUUGGUCGUUUGUGGUGUUCUAGUAUUAAUUGAAGAAAGCUUACGAACAGCAAUACCAGUUUUAACAGCUUAUUUGAUCAAAUAUUUCGAAAAUCAAGAUAUUCCAGUAUGGCAUGCAUAUGCCUAUGCGGCUGGAAUAAGUGUCAUGACAAUACUAUUGGGAAUCUUGCACCAUCAACUUUUUUAUAGAGCACAAAGAAUCGGAUGGCAUAUGAGAGCAUCAACUUGUGCACUGAUGUAUAAAAAGACACUUCGACUGAGUCAAAAAUCUUUGAAAGACACAACAACGGGCCAAAUAGUUAACCUUGGAGCAACAGAUGUGCUUCACUUUGACGCGUUCUUUAUCUACUUAAAUUAUCUUUGGCUUGUACCACUGCAACGUAUAGUUGUUGGAAUAUUGCUUUGGCAAGAGUUUGGAAUUGCAAUAUUAGCAGGUAUUGGAGUUCUCGUUUUAUUCAUGAUUUUGCAAAUUUUCAAUGGAAGAAUCUUUGGAAAACUCAGGGCAAUGACAGCUGUUCUCACAGAUGAAAGAAUUCGUCUGAUGAACGAGGUGAUCACAGGAAUAAGGCUAAUCAAAAUGAAUUCUUGGGAAAAAUCAUUUGCUAAACUUGUAUCAAAAGUCAGAAGGAAAGAGGUGAUUCGAAUUCUUUUAUCGUCUUCCAUCAGAGCUAUGAAUUACAGUUUGUAUGUAUGCCAGGGCAAGAUACUGACAUUCAUCAUAUUCCUACUAUAUGUCUUAUUGGGAGGUGGAAUUUCAGCAUCAAAGAUAUUUUUAUUAAUUGGACUCAGUUAUGUGAUGGGAUUCACUGGGAAGGCAUUUGCGCUAGCGUUUGAACUUAUGUCAUUAAUCAACGUAUCAAUGGCGCGAAUACAGAAAUAUUUACUGAUGGAUGAAUUUUCUGAAAUUCAAACGUGUUUCCAACACAAAUCCAACGAAGAAUAUUUUGUUGAAUUUAAGAACUUCAGUGGAAAAUGGGAAUUGAAUGAAGAUACCAAAGAAAGACCAGAAAUCACUUUAAAAUGUAUAAACGUUCGGGUGGAAGCAGGAAAACUUCUUGCAGUUAUUGGACCUGUCGGCGCAGGAAAGUCCUCUUUCUUGAGCGCAAUACUCGGCGAAUUACCGGCGUUAACAGGUAAAGCUUUAGUUCAUGGGCGUAUCUCUUACUCAAAUCAACUUCCGUGGGUCUUCUCCGGUACUGUGCGGGAAAACAUCUUGUUUGGUCACAAAUUCGAUAAAGACCAUUAUGACGAAGUGAUCAAAGCGUGCUGUUUAAGGAAGGAUUUAAAUCUUCUGACUGAUGGAGACUUAACACUAAUAGGAGAGCGCGGUGUCACGUUAAGUGGUGGCCAGAAAGCAAGGGUUAGCCUAGCACGAGCAGCUUAUAAAAAGAACGCAAAUAUCUGCUUAUUAGACAAUCCAUUGAGCGCAGUGGAUACAAGGGUAGCAGGUCACAUAUUUAAACACUGUAUUUGCGAACUCAUGAAAGACAAGGUUCGGGUACUUGUGACUCACCAAUUACAGUUACUGGAAAACGUUGAUGAAAUUCUCAUUUUCAAAGAGGGAAGAGUAUGUGAUCGCGGAACGUAUAUUGAACUCCAGGCUAAUGGUGUAGAUUUUGCUGCUUUGCUCAAUGAAAAGAAUGAAAACAAAAUCGAAAAUGCUACGGAAAAAGAAAGUACGCAUAGGAAAUCAAACACAACAUCUCCCACGAAGUUGAGAAAAAGUUCAUUAAACUUAUCGCAAGUUUCCAUUAUUUCGAAAAAUUCGUUCACUGAGAUGCUGGAUGAAACACAAGAAGAAAGUAUUGAAGAGAAUACGCAAAAAGAAGCUCGAGAGCAAGGACGCAUUGGUGGAAACGUUUAUCUUGAGUAUUUUAGAGUUGCGACGAACACGUUGACACUUAUUUUGUUUUUCAUCGUUGUCAUAGCCAGUCACGCGCUUUACAUCCUAAACGACUGGUGGCUAUCAGAAUGGGCAACUUCAUACGAAAAUUAUACAGCAUUUUCAACGACACAGAAUUCACCAUUAAAUUUAUCAGUAUUAUAUUCUGGAUCAGGAAUAGUUAAUUCACGUUCUAAAUUUUUGAAUUUGAGCACCUCCACAAUACUUGGCCAAAGAGAAGAAUUUAAUUCAUAUUUUUAUCUGAAAGUGUAUGCAGUCCUUUGUGUGUCAAUGAUCCUGGCAGUGGUGCUACGCACAAAUAUGAAUUUAUACAUUUGUGUCACGUCUGGCAUCCACAUGCACAAAAAGAUGUUUCAAGCAAUCCUAAGAGCCCCGAUCAGGUUUUUCGAUACAAAUCCGUCAGGGCGAAUUCUAAACAGAUUUUCCAAAGACAUGGGACAGAUAGAUGAGCUUCUUCCAAUCGCAUUUAUGGACUUUCUCUGGAUUUUCGGACUAAUCAUCGGUGUCGUGAUUCUAACAUUAGUGAUCAACUAUUUAGUUAUCGUUAUUGUUAUCCCACUAAUCAUAUAUUUCCUGUGGUUGAGGAGUUACUACCUACGUACGUCAAGAGAUAUAAAAAGAUUAGAAGGAACAUAUAGGAGCCCAGUCUUCAGUCUACUAUCUUCAACAUUGGAAGGUUUGCCUACUGUCCGUGCUUUCGGCGUUCAAAGCGAAUUCGAAAACAAAUUUCACGAAUUUCAAGAUCUACACAGUGCUUCCUGGUUUUUGUUUCUUGUUGGUUCAAGAUGGUUUGGGUUGCGACUCGAUUUGAUAUCUGCCACUUUUGUAUCAACUGUUACAUUCUUCUCCGUCAUUGGUGCUUCGUUUCUGAAUCUUAAUCCGGGUGAAAUUGGAUUGAUUUUAACUUAUACAACGUCGUUGGUCAAUAUAUUUCAAUGGGGAGUUCGUCAAAGUGCUGAAGUAGAAAACUUGAUGACAUCGGUAGAAAGAGUACAGCAAUAUUACCGCAUACCUCCAGAACCAGUAGAAGAAAAUCCAGAUAAAAAGCCGCCGGAAAGUUGGCCCAAACAUGGAUCUAUCAAGUUUGAAAACGUUUCUUUCUCGUAUUACAAUGGUGGACCAGAUGUGCUAAGAAACGUUGAUUUUGAAAUACGGCCCAAAGAAAAGAUAGGAGUCGUCGGCCGAACUGGUGCAGGUAAAAGCUCUCUUAUAUCAGCACUUUUCAGACUGGCGGAAUUAACAAAUGGUGAAAUAUAUAUUGAUGGAGUUCCCAUAACACCUUUGGGACUUCAAGAUCUACGGAAAGCAUUAUCUAUAAUUCCCCAGGAUCCGAUACUUUUUACCGGAACAAUGCGGAGAAACAUUGAUCCUUUUAACCAAUAUUUGGAUGAAGAUUUAUGGAACGCAUUGGAGCAGGUUCAGUUGAAAGAAUUAGUCAGCUCCUUACCAAUGAAACUCGACACAGAACUCGGUGAAUCAGGUUCUAAUCUCAGCGUUGGACAAAGACAACUUGUUUGUCUCGGUCGAGCAGUUUUAAAAAAAAGUAAAAUUCUUUUGAUUGAUGAAGCAACUGCAAAUGUUGAUAUCAGAACUGAUCAACUAAUACAAACUACAAUCCGAGAGAAAUUCGAGCAAUGCACGGUGGUAACAAUUGCACAUAGAAUAAAUACAAUUAUAGAUUCCGACAAAAUCUUGGUACUUGACGAGGGACAGGUGAAAGAAUAUGACGAACCCCGUGCUCUUUUGUGCCAAGAAAACAGUCAUUUUACUAAAAUGGUGAAAAGUAUUGGUUUGUCUGAAGAAUCAGUUGGGAUAUUGGCAAAUAAUCACGUGUGAUUUGUUGACAUCUUUCAGAAAUUGUUUUGAUAGUGUAUUAUAGGCCAGGAGAUUGAUGUCCUUAUCUGCGCAUUCGCACUCCCUUGUUAUUGGACACACGUUAAUUAACCGAGUGUAACUCCGCUCUGAACUUCUAAAGAGUCAAUAGGCACAAAAUGUAUUGUGGUGCCAAAUGUUUGUAUAUUGUAAAGAUGCACAAUCGAAUUGAAUCCAAAUAACAGAUAUAUUGAAAUAUACACUAUUUUUUCAACUCCCGAAUGAAGACCGGAAACACACGUCAUCCAAUUCGUCGAUACAACGAACGCUAUGCACACUAAACUGAGGCUUGUAGCUGUCUCGAUAAAUCAUAAUCAGGGAAAUAACUAGAAUGACCUAUUUCAUUGAAUUCAACAUACUAUUAAUAUGAAGAGGUUAAAUAACAUUAAAAUACAUAGUUACAAUCCACAUUCAAUACACAAUUUGCCAUUAUUGAAAUUAUUUUACAAAAAUGUAAUUUAAUUUCCAAAAUCAAUCUCAAUGUGAUGUUACUAUUUUUUAGGUUGGCUGACACUUUUGAUAUUGCUUUUUUAGUUUUCA